UAUAAUGUCAACAUUCAAACGUGAAGAAAUUCUACUUUUAUUUGAUGUUGAUGGAACUUUAACGCCGGCAAGAAAAGUUAUAGAACCUGAAUUCGAGGAAUUCCUGUAUACGAAAGUCAAACCAAAAGCUACAUUGGGAGUAGUUGGUGGAAGUGAUUACCCAAAAAUUAUUGAGCAACUGAAUGGAAAACGCUUGCUUAAAGAGUUCGAUUAUGUGUUUCCGGAAAAUGGACUUAUUCAUAUAGAAAAAGGAGUCGAAAUAAGCCGGCAGUCGAUUCAAACUCAUUUGGGCGAAGAUGUGCUCAAAAGAUUUAUAAAUUUUUGUUUGCGAUAUAUUGCUGACUUGGAUAUUCCAAUUAAACGUGGAACAUUUAUUGAUUUUCGAGCUGGAAUGAUCAACAUUUGCCCUAUAGGACGACAAUGUACUUAUGAUGAGCGUUUGGAGUUUCAUGAAUAUGAUACAAAGAAUUUUGUACGUCAGAAAUUUGUUGAAGCUUUAAAGAAAGAAUUUGCAAAUGUCGAUUUAACAUUUAGCAUUGGAGGCCAAAUAAGUAUUGACGCUUUUCCGAGAGGUUGGGAUAAAACCUAUUGUCUUAACCAUGUUACCAAAGGAACUGAUUUUAAGGAAAUCCAUUUCUUCGGAGAUAAAACUGACAAAGGGGGAAAUGAUCAUGAAAUUUUUGAGGAUUCACGAACAAUCGGUCACAAAGUACUAAAUCCAAAAGACACCCAAAGGCAGUUACAAGAUUUAUUUGAUCUGUGAUACUGUAAGAAGUCGAGAGGAAAAACUUUAUUGAAUGAAAAUAAAGAAAAAUCAAUAAAUUUUCAUUUUCACG